AUGAUACCCUCCCAGCCACAGGCGGGCAAGCGCAAAGCCACCGACGAUGUCAACCCUCUCGCAGCGACGGCAGGGAAGAAGCUCAAACGAGAGGUGUUGAACGGCGAGGAGCAGCCCGGCGGACUCGUGAUCGUACGCGCGCCCGCGCCCAGCCGUUCUCUCCAAAUUGAACCCGUCCCAGCAGAACCCCGCGCCGUGUCCCGGCCUCCCUCCCGUCCGCCGUCCGCUCCACCACCCUCUCAGUCUUCGCAGUCUUCAAACCCCCCUGCCAAGAAGCUCCGUGCCGAUGGCUCCUCGCGCUCUGUCUCCAAAUCCAAGGACCGCGACGUGUACACCACCUCCCGCGCGGAACCCGAAGUGCUCGAGGACGUGCGGCAAAUGCAGUCCGAGACCGAGUCCCUCAAGCGUCGCUCCCAAGCUGCGGGCCAGGCUGCGGGCGCGCUCAACGUAGCGGUCGACUUCCCACCACGGACCUCACGAACGCCUAAUCGACGGAACGGGAACGUGGACACGACAGAACCUGUCGCAUCGCAGGAGACGCCGCAGAUAGAGAAGAACAAGGCGAUGCGGGGCGAGACGGGGCAUCGGAGGAGGUCGUCGGUCAGCCGUGGUAAGCGCGUCAGUUCUAGCUACGAGACGACUGGCGUGAUUUCACAUCCACACACGUCGGUAUCGGUCUCAAGCUUCUUCAAGCACAUCGAUAGCGAGCUACCCGAACCACAUCGUGCACGACAACUCCUUAUAUGGUGCUCAAAUCGCGCCAUGCACGAGCCAACAGAUCAGACGCCUCAAGCUUCGUCUUCAAGACGGACUUCAACCAACUCUGGCAAGGACCCACCUCCUUUGUCUGCGGCCCAGUCGGACACCCUCAAGCGGACACAAGAGAGCCUCAUCAAGAUGCUCGCCGAGAAGAAGGUCGACACCAACGUCUAUGGUGGGGCGGGAUCACAGACUAGCGAUGGGACGAGGGCGUUGAAGGAGAACGAGCAGAACGUGAGGAACAGAGCACGAGAGACGAGGUUCAACGGGCAUAUACAACGGUCGAAAGUCGAGGCGGAGGCGUGGAAGGAGCUUUCGGACGCGUACGAUGGGCAUCGAAAGUCGGUCCAGGCGGACUUGGAAAAGCGAAGACGAGCGUUAGCGUCUGCGAAGUCCAAGGGCAAGGAGCGUGCGUCGGCGGACGACUUCGAUGACUGGGACGUGGAGAGGCGAGACCUGCCGGAGCAGUUCUUGUCAAGCGGGAGCGUCGAUCGCGCGCGGAGCAUCGUGGCAGGCCAGUCCUCCAAGGCGGCUCCGUUGCGAGGUCGACUACAAGAGUUGGAGUACUCGAUGGACCGGUUACAUACCUUCGCCAACUCCGCCCUCCAAACCACCCGCGUCUCUGAAGCCGACCUCAACCGCCAUCCCUCCUCCCUGUCGUCCUACGUGCCACCCACACACCCGCGCCCGCCGGCGACCGACCCACAAGACCUCCUCCGAGCGCUCUCACGGAUCGACGCCGCCCGUCCACAGGCGGAGGUGGGCGACGCCGCCCGUCGCGCCGUGCGCGAGGUCCAGCGCGCGGCGGAGGCGUCCGUCGGGACCGCAGAACGGCGGCUCACGGGCGUGCCCCCGCCGACGCCGCGCAAGCCUCCGGGACGCCCCGUCGAGAGCGCACCCCAGGCAAGGGACGCUGACGACCCACCGCCCUCACGCGACGACCCCCGAUGA